AGAGAGCCUCUAUGAGUAGUACAUACUGCCAUAAACUAUAUAGAUAGAAAAUUUUGUCAUGGCUCCGGUUCCGCCACUAAUUUCAUCUUGAGUGCAGGGAAAACGAACCCGGAAAUACCAGACUAAAAUUAUUACCUCCCAAAUCGUGCCAUUUAAAAAAGGAAUCCUCAAUAUUGUGGGCAAAUUGGUCGUUUCAUUAUACCCUAAGAAAUUUUAUAUAACAUGAGUUCUGGUCGGCCUAUCAAAUGUGUCGUAGUCGGCGAUGGAACUGUUGGAAAGACCUGCAAACUCAUUUCCUAUACAACCGACAGCUUUCCUGGAGAAUACGUACCCACCGUAUUUGACAAUUAUUCUGCCCCAAUGGUGGUAGAUGGUAUCCCAGUGAGCCUAGGACUCUGGGAUACUGCUGGUCAAGAAGACUACGACAGACUGCGGCCCCUCUCUUAUCCACAGACCGAUGUAUUUUUAAUCUGCUUCUCCGUCACAAGCCCUUCGUCGUUUGAGAACGUUACGAGCAAGUGGUAUCCUGAGAUUAAACAUCACUGCCCAGAUGCACCGAUGAUUCUUGUCGGUACUAAAAUUGAUUUACGAGAUGACAGAGAGACUCUCACUGCUCUGGCUGAGCAAGGACUUAGCGCUAUCAAACGUGAACAAGGACAGAAAUUGGCUAAUAAGAUACGGGCAGUCAAGUAUAUGGAGUGCUCAGCGUUGACACAACGUGGUUUGAAACAAGUAUUUGAUGAAGCUGUGCGUGCCGUUCUAAGACCGGAGCCACAGAAACGCCGACAACGAAGGUGCAGCAUGCUCUAAAUACUCGUAACAAAAACCAUUCAAAGAGAAGGAAAAUAUAGGAAAUGCAGAUGAGGAUCGAACAGUGUAAAAUUUCGUUUGCUGUUACGAGUCGGGUGUUCGCUGUUGUUUUCACAAGUUCAGGUGAUGGGAUACGAAAUAUCGAUUGGGUAGCUAAAAAAUUGGCUCAUCUCAGGUACGGUCUUAUAUACUUGAUUUCCUGAUUUUACACACGGGGCAUCAUGUGCACGAAAUCUCAAAAUUUAGCAAUUAUUCUUACUAAAAUAUCAAGUUGUAAAAGACUUAAGAAGUACUAAUAGUCUUCUUUCAACUGAAUUUAAAAAAUGACGUGAAGAUAGGUUCUGAUAUUUUGGUAAAUUGCUAAUUCGACUAAAUUACUUCGAAUUGUAUUAUUUUUAUUUUACCAAUUCGACCGCGCCCACUGAAGGAAUUAUUUGCUGAUUUCUGAAUUCGCAUUUUCCGUUAGUCAAGCUAUGGUAUAGAAGAUUAAAAGAAAAUUAAAAAUAUGUAUAUUUAUUUAUUUUUUAAAUCAGUUAUUGAUCCUUUUGCUGAAAUACCAUUACCUAAAUGGAUGUUUGUCAAUAGCGGUCAAUGACACAGCUUUAGAAUAUUGACCAUGUAAUUCAUGCAACAUCCGUAUUCAAACAAUGAAACUGAAAGCAUGUUACGUUUUCCCAAAUGAAAUAAAAGUAAAGUAAAAUUACGGUAGCUAUUCAAUGUUAGCAGGUCUUCAUGAGGAAAUUUAGUUAUAUAAUAUGGAACAUAAUGUUAAGUGUAGGUAGAUGGUGCCAUAGCAACGAAAAAUCAAAUAGUGCAUACAAUUCAUGGAUUGUUCGUUCAAAUCUCAGACAAUACGUUGCCGAUUAAAUUAAAAAUGGUCAUGUAGCAAAACAAGCAACAACUUUCCCACUUCUACAUCUGCUGUUGCUAAAAAAAUUCUUAUGAUUAUACUUUAUUUCAUUGAAAAAAACCA